CAGUUACUCCUGCCGCCUGUAGGGGGAGCCGCUUGUUCCCUGAGCAGGAAGAUGUGCUGCACGGACGCGUCAAUUUUGGACGCGAUGGAACCGUUAACCGACGCCUCUGGAGUUUGUGCCGCUGUGAAGUAGCUGAAACUCAACGACAAGGUGGGAUCUCCUCGCUGUUUCCAUGGAUGAAGGCUGAUGUGGGGAAGCGAUGCGCCACCACUGGCUGCUCCUCGGGGCUUGCGGCUGGGUGCUGCUCAUUCUGAUGUUCGUUAGCAAGUUCAUGAGCUUCAGAGCUGUAGAUGACUAUGGAGAGAGAGCCGGGGGUCAGAGCUGGACUGUACCAGGCACCAAGGUGGUCAAACCCGUUCCUGUGUCCAGCCCAGAAAAACAAGCUCCAAAGCCAUCAGAUCAGCCUUCAGCAGCUCCCACAGUGGGCGAGUGGCAGUCAGUGGCUGAGAAGCGAAUCGAGCUGCUCUCCACCGCGUGUAAGAACAGCAGCCUCAGGAAUCUGACUCACGUCUCCAUCAGCAAGUUCGUCCUCGAUCGCAUCUUUGUGUGCGACAAACACAAGAUCCUGUUCUGCCAGACGCCUAAAGUGGGAAACACGCAAUGGAAGAAGGUCCUCAUUGUGCUCAAUGGAGCUUUCUCCACUGUGGAGGAGAUCCCAGAAAACCUCGUCCACGACCACGAGAAAAAUGGCCUCCCUCGCCUCUCGUCACUCUCUCCACAGGAAAUAACUCACAGAUUGAACUCCUACUUCAAGUUUUUCAUCGUCAGAGAUCCUUUCGAGCGUCUGAUCUCCGCCUUCAAGGACAAGUUUGUGAAGAACCCGCGCUUCGAGCCGUGGUACAAACACGACAUCGCUCCGGCCAUCAUACGGAAAUACCGCAAGAGCCACCGCGACAGCGACCUCGCCGCCUCCGGUCUGCACUUUGAGGACUUUGUCCGUUACCUGGGCGACGUGGAAGGCCGCCGCCGCAUGGACCGGCAGUUCGGGGAGCACAUCAUCCACUGGGUGACGUACGCCGAGCUGUGCGCGCCGUGCGAAAUCCACUACAGCGUGGUCGGUCACCACGAGACGCUGGAGCGAGACGCCCCCCACAUCCUCAGAGCGGCGGGCAUCGACGAGCUGGUGUCCUACCCGGCCAUCCCCCCGGGCAUCACCCGCUACAACAGGACCAAGGUGGAGCGCUACUUCUCAGGCAUCAGCAAGCGGGACAUCCGGCGUCUCUACGCCCGUUACCAGGGCGACUUCAGCCUGUUUGGCUACCCGAGCCCAGACUUCCUACUGAACUAAAAACGAUUUACACUAAUUAAAAGACACGUUCAUAUGAAAUCCUCAACAUCUUUUGGUUUACUAAGACAGGGGUGUAUUGUAGCUAACUGGACUGAUGUGACAGUGAGGCGUCACGUCUCUGCUCUUAUUUUAGACACAUUUUGUUGGAAUAACUGACGGGUUGUUGGUGUGUUGGGUGUAUGUGCAAUUCUGAGAAGUGCUAUCUAAUAAUAAUAACAUAUUUAACAGUGGGUUUUUUGGAGGGAGGUGAUGAGAUUCAGCUCAUCGUGUUGUUGCUAAACUGGUGGAAACACUUCAAUAUGUAGGUCAAAUACAGGUACAGAACUAAUGGAGAACAUGCUACUGUUAUAUUUAAUGUUUAUCCAUAUGUCCGAUGCUCUGUAGUGCCGGGAUACAGGCCCUUAAUCCUGUAAUGUAGCUGUUAUAUUGCACUGUUUGGAUCACGAUUCGUCCUGUUGUUGACAGUGCUUCUGUUGCUAUGAUGUAGACAAAGACGCCUGUUUUUGGACGAGAAAUGUGAAGGACCAGAAAAUAACCAUGAUAUUUUUCACGAAUGUUUCUAUGAGCUACGGAGCUUUUCACAUUUUUUAACCAUUGAUUCCUGCUUCCUCGAGGCAUCUUAAUGCUUUGUGAGACAGUAAACGACUCUUCCGGGAUCAAAAUGGUGUAAAAAAGCCGCACUUCUGGUUGCUCUGCCUUUAUUAAACCUGUUUAUGCCGCUACGUCGAAGGAAACUGGCGCUGGGUUUUAAAGGAUCAUUUUUCUAUCAGAAAUGUAACGUGUAAAUGUUCUUAACAUGACUUGCAGCUCAACAUUUGUAUUACAUGUUGCUAUUUAUAAUAUUAACUUGCUGUCUAGUGGCACAAACGGUGUGUCGGCUGUAAGACAGUACUGCCUCUACGUUGGGUUACAAGGUCAACACUAGUCGGUAAUAAAGUUACAUGUCAGUUACUGAA